CCCAUCAAUUUCUUUAUCCUCACAAGCAUCUCUUCCUUUACUCAAAGUGUCAUACCCUUUGUCUCACCUUUCACCUACCCCUCCUCAAACUAUUAACCCUCAAACCCUCCCGUAUUCCCCUCCUAAUUUUGAAGGGCAAUGCAUUGGUUUGCCUAAAGCUUAUCAUAUGCCUAAUCCUUAUAACCUUACCCCUUAUUCCCACUAUCCUCUCCAAACAUUAAUUUUCAACCUUCAUCAAAGUGGAGAGGUGGUGGGACCUAUGGAAGAGGAUACGUCGGUGGAGAAGUACUUGAAGAUUGUCAUUUAUAAAGGUUUGAAGCUGAUAGUGGUGGGUACUAUUCAAUCAGUGGGUAAGGAAGAGAGUGACAAUAAACUAGACUCAGAGUUGGGAGGGAACAAAUUUGGUGUGACCAUGGAGGAGCUAAUUAAGGACGGGGUUGGGAUUGACAAUUCUAGCCGCGAGUCUCCUCUCAAGUCCUACCACGGAAGUGGAGGAUAGUUCAGGAGUUUGUUUGAUGUGUUUGUAGUUCUCUUGAGACGAGCGUCACGGAAGUGGGCUUUUAUUUAAAGGAUUCUUUCCCAGUUUUGG